AUGGGUGCUGGAAUGUCAUGGCUGACCAACUUGGUCUUUGCAAAGAAGGAGAUCAGAAUUCUAAUCUUGGGCUUGGACAAUGCUGGUAAAACAACGCUCUUAUACAGACUGAAGAUCGGAGAAGUUGUCACGACGAUACCAACGAUCGGAUUCAACGUGGAAUCAGUCACGUACAAGAACCUCAAUUUUAACGUUUGGGAUCUGGGUGGUCAGACAAGCAUCAGGCCAUACUGGCGGUGUUACUAUGCCAACACCGCUGCCGUUAUUUUCGUCGUCGACUCGACCGAUAUCGACCGAUUACAAACCGCAGCAGAGGAGCUAUCGGCUAUGCUGAACGAAGAAGAGCUCAAGGAUGCGGCUCUGCUGGUGUUUGCCAACAAACAGGACCAACCCGGCGCCAAGGGAGCGGGAGAGAUCUCGGAAGCGCUGCAGCUGGGCGAACUGCGGGACCGAAAUUGGAGCAUCAUGGCCUGUUCGGCAGUCGACGGCAGUGGUGUAAACGAGGGCAUGGAUUGGCUGGUGCAAACCGUCAACCAAGACAACUAG